UGGUUGCCCACAGUGGUGUGCUGCAGUCCGCUCCCUGCCGUUGUUGAGUAAACUACAUGGACAUUAGCGAGCGCAGCGGCACAACCACCGAGCCAGAGUGGAUUAAAACAGAGUGCGUGUGUGGAGAGCCACUCGAUAAACGACUGUGUAACCAACUGAGAAACCCCGGUGUGUAACAGCAAGUCCGUUACACCAGUUUGCAGCUGCGAAACAGAAAAGAAAGCCUCUUGGUGAACUCAGUAGUGCCGAGCAUUGUGUGUCAGGCAGGGAGAGCUCGGCGGGAAUGGCUUCAUCUCCGUGCAGCAACAGUAACUUUGAUUCCGGUCUGGAAAUCAAAACUCGCUCGGUGGAGCAAACGCUUAUUCCUUUAGUUUCGCAGAUCACCACUCUGAUCAACCAUAAAGACAAGCCAAAGAAGUCAGAGCGCACCCUGGCAGCCAUACACAGGGUCGGUCAGGCAGUGAGCUUGGCUGUGGGACGUUUUGUCGCCGUCGGGGAGGCCAUCGCCACAGAGAACCAAGAGCUGAAGGAUGAGAUGGGUCAAGCCUGCUUCGAGGCACGCAGAGCAGGUGAUGCCAUAGCCCAGCUGACUGAUGUGGGAUCAGCCUUGCCGUCCCAGUCAGACGGACGUGUCACUGUGUUCAGUGAUCGGACAGGGAUGGUGAAAGCUGCCCGCUUGCUCUUAUCCUCAGUCACUAAAGUCCUGGUCUUAGCCGACCGUAUUGUCAUCAAACAGAUAAUCACAUCACGCAACAAGGUCCUGGUUACCCUCGACCAUCUGGAAAGAGUCAGCACCUUCCAGGAAUUUGUACAGAUUUUCAGCCAGUUUGGCAAUGAGAUGGUGGAGUUUGCCCACCUCACCGGAGACAGACAGAACGACUUGAAGGAUGAGAAGAAGAAAGCACGGAUGGCAGCAGCCAGAGCAGUGCUGGAGAAAUGCACCAUGAUGCUCCUCACAGCCUCCAAGACAUGCCUGAGGCACCCAGAUUGCGAGUCGGCGCGGAUCAACAAAGACGCUGUGUUCCACCGAAUGCGCUGUGCCCUGGAGCAGGUCAUCGAGAUAGUCACUGAGGCACGGAGCUGUGGGGAGAACAAGGUCCUUCCUGCCAGCAUCUACAACGGCAUCAAGGACUUCAAGUCCAGCGUGGAGUGCCUGCGGGAGAACCUGUACUCCUUGUCACCCCAGAGCAUGGGCAGCCAGCUGGAGGUGCUGGUGGAGCGGACAGAGGACUUCACUGAUUCAGCCUACACCAGCCACGAGCAGCGGCAGGCCAUCCUAGGUCUGUGCCAGCUGGCUCGCCAGGACACUCAGCAGCUGGUGCACGCCUGGUCUGAGGCGCAGUCUGUCCAUGCCAAAGAGGCCACAGAGGACAUGGAGGUGGCCAUCCUGAAGACAUGCCAGAGCGUCAAUGACCUUAGACGUGAGCUCCAUAAGGUGGCAGUCGGUCGUGCCUCAGACUUGCUCAAAGUUCACGGGGAGCAGUUGCCUCUACGGGCUCUCAAAGCUGCAGGCGCCGAGGGAAACCUGGAGGCAGUGGCAGAGUAUUCGCGCAAGCUCACCGAGCAGAAGGAGCAGCUGGUGGAGACGUGUCGGCUGCUGUGCCACGUGUCAGGCACAGAGCCUCUGGAGAUUACCUGUGUACAUGCUGAGGAGACCUUCCAUGUCAUUGGUCCACAGAUCAUCUCGGCCGCCCAGACGCUGGCCCUCCACCCAUCCAGUAAGAUUGCUAAGGAGAACCUGGAGGUGUUCUGCGAGGCCUGGGAGUCGCAGCUCUGUGACAUGGCCCUGCUGCUGAGAGAGAUCAGUGACGUCUUUGAAGGCAGGCGAGGAGACAAAAGACCCUAUUUGUCACUUCCUAGACCCGGGAAACACUCACUCACCAACUUGAAGACUGCCAAGGCUGUCAAGUUGGAUGCAGAGGAGCAGACAAGCAUGGCAAAGCUGGGUCUGGAGCUCCGUCUGCUGUCGUCAGAUGUUGACACAGAGGUGGAGAAAUGGGAGGAGCAGGAACACGACAUUGUCCGGCAGAGCCAGAGCCUGGCCAGCAUGGCCUACAACAUGCACCUGUUCACCAGGGGGGAGGGGCUGCUGAAAACAACACUAGAUCUUUUUCAUCAAGCUGAGGUUCUUUCUGAAGAAGGGCUCCAGCUGUGCUCAUCUCUCCGCACUUUUUCCACUCAGCUGGUUGAUGAGGAAAAGUCUAUGGUGAUGACAGAGAUGGAGAAACUGGUGGCAUUAUGCCAACAGCUGCAGAUGGGUUGCAAGACUCCUGUACAGGGCAAGACUGCCACCUUCCAGAAGGUGGAAUCAUCCAUUCAGACAACCAGAAGCAUCUUGACUGUGGUCCUCUCCCUCCUCCCAUUCUGUAACAAGAUUAACAGAAAGUACAAGUCAGAGAGGAGCAGCCUGGGUUCCCCGCAGGACUGGAGAGAGAGGCAGGAGGCAUCCACACCUGUCAAAGAGGAGGGAGCUCUCAACAGCAAGAACAGCAACGGUUUUGGUGUCAAAUCCUUGGAGCACCGCAUGGUCGGUCUCAACCUCCUGGAGAGCAAAUAAUCCAGGAAAUAGUCACUUCUUUUGUCCACUAUUCUCCCUUGAAGCAGCACGUAGCCAACCUCACCUUUCUGGAGGACAUGUAAUCCAGGAAAUACUUCACUCCCCUCAUCCCCAUGCACCCACCAAUGAGUGGGCCAGAGCUGUGGGGUGAAGAUGGUUGCCUGGGUCAGUCAGAGUUUGUAUUUGCUGUCUGGAUGAUGAAUUGUAAGGUUCACAGAGGAAAAAGCAGAUCCAAGCUCUCUGUGCCCAGGGACAGUUUUACCCCAGGGUAGCUUGUUACCUGAAGCACCAGUUCCACCCCAGUCCACAAGAUGGAGACAAUCAGCCAACACUAUGACUUUGCCAUUUGCAGUGAGCCAUACAUCCGUCUCCACUAUGUGCCUCUGUGUAACAAGCCUAUUUGCUUUGUGGUGUACUGUAAAAAUGUUGCACAUGUUAGCCAAAUUGUGGGGGGGCACGCAGUGAAAUGGCUGAAAACCCACCAUGCAUGAUGCCAUCAUCACCAAACCUCUGUGUUUGUUUAUGGUCAAUGUGUCAUGUGUGUCAGGUUUGUGAUGUUAUCACUUGUUCUGUAAUUCUGCCAUAGUGGUACACUCUGUCCUUGAUCACUGGCAUUGUAGUCAGCAUCUCACUGGGAUAAAUAAGUAUUUUAAAAGUCAACCAUGCCAUAUGAUUGUCUAAUUUCCAUACAGUUUGCUAUGGAAUGUUCCCUAUGUGUCAUGUUAGUAACAAAAUGCAAAAAUCACAGUUUAAUGCCAAAUAUGAUUGUCCUCAUGACGACGCUCUGAUCUUCAGCUUGCUACUUGUAUGAAAUAUAAAGCUCUUAAUCCUCCAGUAUACAUCACUGGAAAUUUUUAUUUGGGCCUGGUUUCUCCAAAAUGUCAGAUGAUAAAGAUAAAGCUUAUCACUAAGAUGCUUUUGGGAUGUCAAAACCUUACUUUAUACUGUCCUGAGUAUUAUAAAAUCAUUCUGUAUAUACUGUAAUACAUUUUUUCCUCACAAAAGAAAUGAAAGAUAAUUCUGAACUGGCACCUGUGUCAAAUGGAGCCUUGAAGUGUACUUGUUAUGAAGACUAUCAUUGUGAAGCUGCCUAAUUGGCCAGUAUGUAUUAAAUGGUAUAUGGUAUGUAUAAAAUGGUACUUGAAAAAUACAUACAUACAUACAUACACACACACACACACACACACUAAGUAUCCUAAGGUAAUGACUUUGGUACUAGUUGAGGGUGUGAUAAUGACAAAUAAAUAACGCUUAAGCUUAACGCAUUAAGCUUUAGAGAUGCUUUGUACAGUCUGAGAGCAGCUAAGGAUGCUGGGUAUUGUAGUGGCGCUACAGAUGUGAAGAAAAUCAUAGAUCUAGUUUUGGAUCAUCUAUUCUUUUGACAAUUGAAAGAUUAAUAAAGUGACACAAAAAAAUAAACAGUAUUUUUCUUAAA